AUGUAUGCUACAUUUCCAGAAACCAGUGCGGAAGAACCAAAGACAGAGCCGGAGGCAGUGGAGGGGGAAGCAGCAAACGAGGAGGAGGAGGCUGCCAAGGAGAGGGAGAGGGAGGCGCGCGCGCAGGCCUCCAUCAAGGAGAGGGAGAAGCAAGUGCAAAAGGCGCUCGCGACUAGUCUUCGGGAUAGAGAUAAGGAGAGGGAAUACCACAAACGAGACGAAGCUAUGCAGCACUUCAACGCACUCCUGGCUGACCUCGUUCGCAACGCGGACCUGACGUGGCGAGAGGCCAAGAAGCAGCUGAAGAAGGACCACAGAUACAGCCUAGCCGACGACCUCUCCAAGGAGGAUAAGGAACGCCUAUUCAACCAGCACACGAGUACGCUAUCUUUGAAACGGCGCGACAAACUGCGUACGCUACUAGAGGAACUGAACGUCACGUGUACAGCGCACUGGCGAGACGUCCGCAAGCUCAUCGCCCAACAGCCGACGGCACCUACCUACCGGAGUGCUGCACAGAUGGAGCGCGAAUUCCGCGACUUCCAGCGCGACAAGCAGAUAGCAGCGAAGACCGCGCUGCGGCAGCUGCUGCAGGAGACAAGGGCGAUAACACACCGGAGCCUCGCUGCCACCAAGGAGAACCAGGCGGCCAUGACUCAGAUACAUGAUUCUCUCAAGAUCGACGCCAGAUAUUCAGCCCUGGAACACAUCCCCGACGAGCGGGACCAAAUAAUAAUGAGCUAUUUAGAAGAAUUAGAGAAGAAGGGCCCCCCACCACCUCCCACGGCGACGGAGCCCACGCGACGGGCCAAACCAUGA